GGAUUUCCCUUCGCUGCUUCGCAACCCCGUUUCUCAUUGCUGCAAUUGCCAACAAACACGAAACUCUUUGAUCAUGUACACCAUCCUCUCCUCCAUACCCUCUAUCCGUGGCUCACCGUAAGGCAGAGCACUUACAUUCGUUUAUUCAUACGACAGUAUCAACUCUGCUAUUCGACACAGCCUCCCCUUUACCACCACGCGACUUUUCGGUCCCUUUUUGCCUGGCACCAAAGCUCACUUCUUUCCGGCCGGCCAGAAAGGAGUAGACGUACGCUUCGCCUCACAAUCCCACGACUUCACACGAGCCUGACCAAAGACCACUACCACCCGUUCUCCGUCUCACUCUAAGCCUCCUCCCCUCCCGCUGCCCUCACGAUCGGUACGCCUCAUCUGCGAAGCUGACGCCUACGAGUGGCUCGGCUACGAUCUCGACUGACGUGCUUCCAAUUGACAGUCGUCUGCUCGCUAUUUCGAGCAUAGACGACCCUCGAACCCUAUCGUACCUCCCGAACCCGGACUUUGAAGAAUACAACAACGAGUUAUCCACAAGUCAUCCUUUUGGCGAUCGGUCUCCCUGACGACGAGUCGGUCGCCAUUUCACAAUGUCGUCCCAGAGCAACAGCAGCAGCUCUCCGCCGCCGCGUGUCCCUCCUCACAUUCGGCUGAACUCAGGGCAAGGAGACAUAUUAGGUGGAGAUUCGAACAGUUCCUCAAGGACUCUUGUACCUACGACCUCGAGACCUGGAACCUCCGGGCCACGACUCAACAACCUCUAUUCCUCAGACCAACUUCGAGACUCUGCCGAGAGAUUAUUACCUCCGGGUCGUGGUAGAUUCCGAGACGAUGGGUCUCCGUCGCCUCUAAGAUCUCCCGCACGCUCUAGUUAUUCUUCUCGAAGGUCCAGUUGGGAGUCGGAUCGAAGUAGAGACAGCCGAGGGUUCGAAAAUCCAUUCAGAGACUCCAGCCAGUCCAGGCCUGGAUCAAGAUCUGGGAGCGAAGACAAUGAUGUGAACACGCAGACGGUGUCCGAAAAGUACAAUAUCUUGCCAUCAGCUGGUCUUCUCUUAUUCCCUGAGGAUGUUGAAAAGGACGACUAUUUGCACAACCCCGACCCCAAUGGAGAGCCGCGAGAUUGUGACAUUUUCACGAAGAGAGGCUUCCUCAACGUCGGUGGGCUGGCUUUCAUCACACUUGGUAUCCUUGUCCUGUUUAUUGGAUACCCUGUUUUGACAUUUGUUCAAAAAGUUACUUACAACCCUGAUCCGUGCAAAGAAGAUAUUGGCUGCAUAGGCAAUGGGAAAGUGCCAUUGCUGAAAAAUAUGCGCGUGGGUCUCAUCGAUCCUGAUACUCCCGACUCAGUCAAAAGCAAGACAGACUAUCACGGCAAUACCUGGAAAUUGGUCUUCUCGGAUGAGUUUUCGACUCCCGGUCGGACAUUCUAUGACGGGGACGAUCCGUACUGGACUGCCGUAGACAUUUGGUAUGGCGUGACCAGAGAUUUGGAAUGGUACGAUCCCGACGCUGCCACGACCAAUGAUGGUGUGUUGGAACUACGAUUCGAUGCGUUCCAAAAUCACGGCCUGAAUUACCGAUCUGGCAUGGUACAAUCUUGGAAUCAACUCUGCUUCAAAGGUGGACGUUUGGAAGCCAGUAUCUCACUGCCAGGCCGAGGAGAUACUGUUGGAUUUUGGCCCGGCUUUUGGUCGAUGGGUAAUCUUGGGAGACCUGGUUAUGCUGCCACCACGGACGGUCUAUGGCCGUACUCUUAUGCCGAUGUUUGCGAUGCAGGCAUCACGCCCAAUCAGAGUUCGCCUGACGGAAUCAAUUACCUGCCAGGUAUGCGCUUACCAGCUUGCACAUGCUCUGGCGAAGAUCAUCCCAGCCCAGGGAAAUCUCGAUCCUCACCAGAAAUUGAUGCACUUGAAGCAACAGUCGGCACCCUUGACGCAUUAGGAAACGAGAUCGGUAUGGUUUCCCAGUCAUUCCAGGUUGCCCCGUUCGACAUUUGGUAUCAGCCAAACUACGACUUCGUGGAGGUUUUCGACUUCUCCGUCACGGCCAUGAAUUCGUACAAAGGUGCACCUUUACAACAAGCAGUGUCAGGUAUCUCGAACUUGAACAAUCAGUGGUACGAUGGGAAUGCCUACCAAGUGUACGCUUUCGAAUACACACCGGGAGCGAAGGGAGAUAUUGUUUGGUACGUCGGCUCAGAUCCUGUCUGGCGAAUGGCAGGCGAGGCUCUGGGUCCCAACGGCAACAUCAAUCAACGUGUUGUUCCUGAGGAGCCAAUGUCUAUAAUUGCCAACUUUGGCAUGUCUAGUGGUUUCUCGGCCCUCAACUUGACCGGUCUGGCAUCAUUGAUGCCUGCGACCAUGAGAAUCGACUACAUUCGCAUCUACCAGGACGACGACGGCGAAAUGUCCUGUGAUCCUGACGGUUACCCCACGACCGAGUACAUCAAUAACCACUACGAGGUGUACCACAAUCCGAAUAUCACUAGCUGGUCGAAAACUGGCUAUGGAUGGCCGAAGAACAGCUUGAUGGACGGUUGCUAAUACUAAUCAUUGUAAUUACCAUUGCGCUUGGCCUCGAUUGUCAGCAUUGGCUGGUGUGUACAGAUGUUUUUUAUGUCUCUCGUGAGAAUUAGCGGCAUGGCGAUCAGCACAGCGGCGUUCAAGUUGUCGGGACCAAUUUUUUGAGAGACGUGUUUGGCGGUAUAUGGAGUUCCUCAUUGCAGCGUGGACUCUUGAAUCUUGUCUAAAAUUACGACCAAGGAGGGAAUUAUGAUUUUGUUCCCGGGACAUGCGGCGAACAACACAACUUAGAUCAGAGGGUGGAUGUUGAAUUCCACCCCGAAACAAGGCAGUAAAGGGGAGUGUUGCGAAGAAGAUGCACGGCAUGAUAAUGCUGUAGCAGGAGGUUAGGAAUAUGUGGGUGUGGAAGGUGUUUUCCACCUUCACAUGCGGAAUCCAGGUAUCGACUCGUCUUGAGAGUCGGUACAUAGCAUAGACCGUAUCGUCAAUGCAGAAUAUAAUUGGACAAGUGAA